CGUCGUGCCCCGCGGCGCCAGGCGGAGGCGGGGCGGGCGGCCGGUUGCUAAGACUUGGAGAAGCGCAGCGCUCGCGCUCGUCUCCUAAGUCGGAGCCGUGCCCAGGAUGGACCCCGCCCCGGGCGCCGCAGAGCAGCGUGGGGACCAGGAGGCCGGGAGCCCGGAGCGAGAACCCGCGCCAUGGCAGGCCCUCCCGGUCCUGUCUGAACAGCAGUGCGGGGCCGUGGAGCUGGUGCUGGCCUAUGCUGCACCCGUCCUCGACAAGCGCCAGACCUCACGGCUCCUCAAGGAGGUGUCAGCUGUCCACCCGCUGCCCGCGCAGUCCCACCUCAAGAGGGUGCGGCCGAGCCGCGAUGCCAGCCGCCCGCACACGCUGGAGAUGCUGCUGUGCCUGGCGGAGCCUGCCGUGGGCGCGCGCUCGCUCGCUGAGCUCCUGCCGUGGCCAGCCGUGGACGCCCGUGGCCUGGGACAGCCCUUCCUGGUGCCCGUGCCUGCCCGGCCGCCCCUGACCAGGGGCCAGUUUGAGGAGGCCCGUGCCCACUGGCCCACAUCCUUCCACGAGGACAGGCAGGUGACCCGUGCCCUGGCCGGGCGGCUCUUCUCAGCACAGGAGCGGGCUGCGAUGCAGGGCCACAUGGAGCGGGCUAUCCGGGCGGCGCAGCAGGCGGCCGCGAGGGGCCUGAGGGCCGUGGGGGCCGUGGUGGUGGACCCAGCCUCAGACCGUGUGCUGGCCACGGGCCACGACUGCCGCAGCCCGGCCACCCCCCUGCUGCACGCCACCAUGGUGUGCAUCGACCUGGUGGCCCAGGGCCAGGGCCGCGGCACCUACGACCUCAGGCCCCACCCCGCCUGCUCCUUCGCCCCGGCCGCCAGCGCCCAGGCCGUCCGCGUGGGCUCCGUGCGCAAGCUGGACGAGGACGUGGACACGGAUGAGGACGGCCUCCCCUACGUGUGCACCGGCUACGACCUCUACGUCACCCGCGAGCCCUGUGCCAUGUGCGCCAUGGCCCUGGUGCACUCCCGCGUGCAGCGCGUCUUCUACGGCGCGCCCUCGCCCGACGGCGCCCUGGGCACCCGCCUCCGUCUCCACGCCCGGCCCGACCUCAACCACCGCUUCCAGGUGUUCCGCGGCGUGCUGGAGGCCGCGUGCCGCCGGCUGGACCCUGACACGUAGGCCCCGUGCCUGCCCGCCCGCCGGCUUCCGGACUUCCUCUGCUCCGCGCUGGCCCUGGCCUCCUCCCGGACUCCAGGCGUGGCCCCGGCCUCCUCGCGGACUCCACAUGUUGCCCCGGCCUCCCCCGCCGUCAUCCAGGAGGCUGUGGUCCUCUCAAUUGUAGGGACACUCACGCCUGCCAGCCUCGGAGCCAGCAGCCGCGCUGUUCCCGCCGGCCCGUGGGCGCACGUUUCUGCCCGGACUGAGCUCUCCCAGGACCGGAGCACAGCUGGGAUCCAGCCGGGCCGUGGACCGUGGAGCCGUGCAGUCAGGCCUCGUUCCUCCAGCCACCUUCAGCCUCGAGCCCAUGGGUUCUCUAGGAUUGUGUCUCCUCUGUCUCGGGUCGGAAAACAGAUGUGACCUGUAAAAUAAACACAACCCCCAAACCA